ACCUGGCUCUCUGCGCCUACAGCCUGCGCGUCACUCUCCUGACAUCAGCACACAGCUUAAAUACCCGCAGCCCCGAGCAGUGUAAACACAACCAGGCACACCUUCAUAUGGGCACAUCAGAGACAAACACUGCUGGAAACAGAACAAAAGAAUCACUUCAGUGUAAUGCACUUUAUGCUCUAUCGGAAAUAGGUAAUUUCAUGAUGUAAUGUUGCAGUUAAUGAUGGUGUAUUUUGUCUAGCGCUCUAUAUUUCCGGAGCAAGUUUUCUAAACACCACAGAAAGUUAGAGCACUUUGGUUUUAAUAAUGAUCAACGACACUCUUGCGUUUGGAGAACUGGACACAAAUGUUUCGGAGCCGCUGCCGCCUCUCUCUCUCAGCCAGAACCACAGUGGGUUCCCUGCGCUCCGGCUGGAGUCCAAGUCUCUGGUCACUUCAGCCACCAUGUUCGCCGUGGGAGUCCUGGGGAACCUCAUCGCCAUAGUUGUGCUGUGUAUCUCCAAAAAGGAGCAGAAGGAAACCACUUUCUAUACUCUGGUCUGCGGGAUGGCCAUCACGGACCUGUUGGGCACAUGCUUCACCAGCCCGGUGGUGAUCGCUACGUAUGUGGCCAAUCGCUGGCCGGGAGGAGCGCUGCUCUGCCACUUCUUCUCCUUCUCUAUGCUCUUCUUUGGCUCAGCCGGGAUGUCCAUCCUGUGCGCCAUGGCUGUGGAACGAUACUUGGCCAUUAACCAUGCGUAUUUCUAUUCCCAGCACAUAGAUCGAACAAUGGCGCGCUUUGCGCUCCUGGUCACCUACCUGGCCAACAUUGUGCUGUGCAUCAUGCCCAGUUUUGGCUUCGGGCAGCACGUCAGUCACUUUCCCGGGACUUGGUGCUUUCUGGACUGGAGGGCGAUAGAUCCAGUCGGAGCCUGCUACUCCUUCCUGUACGGCGGGGUGAUGCUGGUGCUGAUCGCAGUGACAGUUUUAUGUAAUGUGGCGGUGUGCAAGUCGCUGGUGGGGAUGAACCAGAAGACAGGAAUAGUCAGGACGGAAUUGUCUGAGCAAGGGGGGUCACGUCGCCGGUUCCCCCGACUGCCGUCAGUCACCUCAGCGGCGGAAAUCCAAAUGUUCUGGCUUCUGAUCUUCAUGACCAUCGUUUUCCUGGUCUGCUCCAUCCCUUUAGUGGUGCGAAUCUUUGUGAACCAGCUAUACGACCCUGCUUAUAUCUCUGCUGGGGGGAAGCCUGACUACCGGAGCGACAUGUUGGCGAUCCGCUUCGCUUCAUUCAACCCCAUAUUAGACCCCUGGGUGUACAUUUUGUGCCGGAAGAACUUGUUACUGAAGGGCUGUGAGAAGUUAAAGAGGACAGUGGCUCUGGUUAAGGAUGGUCGUGGUGACAACAUUGGCUGGGUAGGAGGUCAACACUCCCCUCCUUCUUUAAACAGCAAUGACACCAGUUACGCGUCAUUACGCACAGCAAGCUACAGGAACGACGUGGAACACCGGGGGCCCAUCAAGAACAAAUCCUUCACGGACUUCGCAAUGAGGCAAGCAUGGGAGUAUGACACUGCCCGGGUCAACUUUCACCCGUUCAGCGUCGAGUCGACCGCGAUCCUCGGCUGUGAGGAGGAAGUAGGAGCCGACUCCAAAGAGGAGGUGGCGGCCAAGUCUCCAGGACGCAGCGCGACACCGCUCCUCUCUUCACAUAUUAGAAGAGUGGAUACUGUCACCUGCACGUUCAGCACACCGAGUUCAUGUCAGUCAGAGAAAUGCCUUUGAUAGACAUUUGUUGUUUGCCACCAUGAGUUAAGAAAUGAUUCGGCAGCUGCUUCAUCUGCACAGCAAACUGGUACUUUUUGAUUCAACAGAUUCGAAACCCAGCGCUGCACACUAUGAGUUACUUCUGAUGGUUUUGAACCACCGAGGAGCCAUAUCAGUUUAAAUGAAUGAUAACACUUGAAACAGCACUUAGCAACUAACUGUGACUGGAAUCCUCUCAACAUUAGCACUGAUUGAUACAUCUCUCUUAUAUGAUGUAAGCUGCUGCAGAAAGGCCUUUAAAUUCAAUGUAGGCUUUACUUUUAGGGUAAGUGAUGAGGAUCCAACAUGAGUACAACAUGUGAUUAUGCAGUAUGAAAUGUCCAGUUUUACAUGUGCAACAUCCUCUUACUAUCAACCAGAAUACAUCUACAUUUAGUUGAGGUGCAGAAAAACACAAGACCCCAACCUGGAGCUUUAAGUAUAAUGUGUGCAGUGAACUUGGUGGAUAUUGAAGGGGCGGGGUAUCACUGGUGGUGAUAGUUUUGGGGGUCACCACACCCACUAUGGGUGCUGGUUCCAGUGUCCCCUAGCAAAUGUAAUUUGACCAGUAGCCACACUGGUAGAGGAUAUGCUCUAUUAUGAGAUUCCUGGUGAAAGUAAACAGACAGCACCGGUGGUCAGUGUCGGUGGUGAUAAUUUCCAAAUAUGGAAAUUUAAACAAAAUAUAGUCAUACCCUAUGGGUACAAAUAAAAUAUGUGACAUUCUUAGAGUUUGAUACAAUGUAUGAAUCCAUAUGUGCCAUUCACAAUACAUGUUUAUUCAUUACGUCUUGUUGUUUCACUUUAUUUCAUUUUUUUUUUUUAAAUCUACCUGCUGCUAAUUUACUGCCUAUUUGUGCCAUUCAACAGUGUUGCAUGAUGCAGGGAAAACUGAAUGUAGAUCUUUUGAACAUUGUUAAAUCUCAUUUUAUAUUGCACAGUUGCAUACAAUGUUUUGAUAACUGCAGUUGUAAACAGCCAAUGUGAACAUAUCACCCUUUAGAAAAUAAUUAAAAAAAACAAUACUGCUGUUGCUGUACUGUAAGCUGUAUGACCUGUGGUGUUUGUUGGAUGUGUUGGUGGGUCUGUGCAGAGAAAUAAAAGGACACCAAAGACAA